AUAAAUUUGACUGUUUUGACUGUUACAGAAGAAGAAUGGGUAAGAUCAAGUGCAGCGAGCUGAGAACUAAGAAGAAGGAGGAGCUGACCAAGCAGCUGGAGGAUCUCAAGAUGGAGCUCGCUCAACUUAGAGUUGCUAAGGUGACCGGUGGAGCCGCUUCCAAGCUCUCAAAGAUCCGUGUUGUGCGUAAGUCCGUUGCUCGCGUGCACAUCGUGAUGGCUCAAAAGCAAAAAGAGAACUUGAGGAAGUUUUACAAGAAUAAGAAGUACAAGCCCCUCGACCUGAGGCCCAAGAAGACCCGUGCCAUCAGGAAGGCACUCACCCCCCACGAGAAGGGACUCAAGACCGCCAAGGAGCUCCGUCGUAGGCGCGCAUUCCCCGUGCGCAAGUUCGCCAUCAAAGCUUAACUUUAUCCGAAAUAAAGAUUCUUGGUUCUAAUCUUGACUUUUAUUUCCCUUUCAGA